AUGGCUCCACCAGGGACCUUUCGGAAAACCAUUUCAGACCCCUUAGUUGUCUUGCCACACCAGGAGGAGCAGGACCAUAACAGGCUAGCUAAGAUUCGUCGUAAGGUUUUAAAAGGACAUUCAGACGCCGUGACCUCUUGUCAUUUGUGUUUUGACGAUACAAAAAUUAUUUCAGGCUCUUAUGACAGUACAGUGAAACUCUGGGACAUUUCUCAAAGGGCCCCAAUUCAGACCUUUCUGGAAGAGCAUUCAGGACCCAUUUCAGAAUGCUGCCUGAGUCCAGAUAACAGAAGGUUGAUAACAGUGUCAUACGACAAAACACUGAAAACCUGGGAUAUAGAAACCGGAAAAGUGCUUUGGUCUGUGGAGCAGGAUAACGUCCUAACGUCGUGUGAUGUUUCUCAUGAUGGUAAAUACAUCGUCUGUGGUUCGGACAUAGAGAAUGCUAUAUGCCUUGUCGAUGCAGAAAAUGCUGAACAGGUGGCGUACGUCAGAGAGCACCACAGAAGUACAGUGAGAAGAUGCCGUUUUGAUCCUUACAACCAGCGGAUAGCUACAGUGUCAUCUGACAUGUCUAUAAAAUUCUGGGAUAUCCUAGCCCAGUCCACCACAAUCACAGUUGAAAAGGCACAUACCAAUGCAAUUUCAGACUGCUGUUUCUCCUUGGACGGCCAUUAUUUGUGCACAGCAGGCUGGGAUGAAGUCUUAAAAUUAUGGGAUGUCAGAACAGGGGAGUUUCGUUCUCACGGACCCAUCGUUUUGGAGCAAGGUCAUCUAGGUAUCAUUGGCUGCUGCAUUUUCAGUAAAGACGCGUCACUUCUGGUAUCGGGCGGUUUUGACAAAACCGUAGUUGUCUGGGAUUCUACACAAGCCUAUAAAAAGAUAAGUUUAAAGGGUCAUGACCACUGGGUAACAGAUGUUGCAAUUAGUAGCAACAAGAAGCUGAUCGUAACUUCGUCAAAGGAUUCCACUUUGAGGUUAUGGGACAUUGAAAACGCAAACGACGUCCCUGUGGUAAUACAUGCCAUAAAGGCAAGAGGCUCAAAGAUAGCCAAGUGUGAAGAAUGUGAGAAGCCUUUCUUAAUAUUCCAGGAGAAGGAAGAGAAAGUGGAAACUAGAUGUCUUUUCUGUCGACUGAAAGCUUACAAGAGUGUUUUACCAGUUCCUCCUUCCCUGCCUGCUGAUCUCUAAAAGAAUAAAUGAUAAAGGGUUUGCACUAUGUGGCAGUUUAAACAACACUUAUGUUCAGAACAUGAUUGUAAGGACAUAUUUGCCUGUAUGUCUAAAACUCAGUAUUUUAAAUAAGAUUUCUUCAUUUGAAAAUACAACAAAUGCAAACACUUUUCUGCCCAACUGUACAACAAAUGUUUCUCUAGUCACAUUAUUGUGGGAUCCCUGUAGAACUGGGUCAUCUGUUAUGCCCUAUAAAUGCAGAAGCCAUGAAAUAAAAAUGACUGUUACAAAUGCUGUCACACAACUAUGUACUGUGGGGCUUUCUAUCAAGCAUGGUUGAAAAAGUCACACUGGUGAUGGAGGGGGAAAAUGUCAUGUGAAUCUAUACUAAUUUAGCAUGCAAUACAUGAAUUUCUUCUGACAGUGUUAGCUCAGCGUAUACUUCAGCUGAAACCCGAAUCAAGUUAUUCCUCUGUAUUUACAUAUGUGCGUAAGAGGCAGACAGAAUAGUCUGCAAAGUAAUCUGUCACAUAUGUCAGCUUUUUGAUUGGAAACAGGAAGCUCCACAUUGGACUGGUUUAGAGUUUCUUUCUCCAUCACUUCAUAACUCUGAAUGUUGUGGGGCGUAUUCAUUUGUUGCCAAAAACUUCCCUUGUAAAUGAUUUUACAGGUCUUCCCAUCUGUAACAAUAAAUGUUGACAGCAAGGAAAUUUUUCACAGUACAAAGAAGUUAAGAAGAAUUGGUUAUUCUGAAUACCAAUAUGGAUUCUGCCUGUUUU